AUGGCAGUUAAUUGGCAGCUGUGGAAGAACUACCAAUAUGUGCUGGCCUUCCGUUUUGCCAUCAAGGAGAUCAAUAAGGACCCUCAGCUCCUCCCCAACAUGACCCUAGGUUUCCAACUCUACAAUUCCAUUACCAGUGGUCAGUUCACCCUGAGGAACACUCUGCACUGGCUGACGGGAAAGCAUCAUCUCAUCCCUAACUACAGCUGCCAGACACAAGGCAAGACAGUUGCCAUCAUUGCUGGAACAAUGUCAGCAUUUUCGGCUGAAAUUGGAACGAUGUUGGAGCUAUACAAGACCCCACAGGAGAUCAAUAAGGACCCCCAGCUCCUCCCCAACCUGACCCUGGGUUUCCAACUCUACAAUUCUGUUACCAGUGACCACUUCACCCUGAGGAGCACUCUGCACUGGCUGACAGGAAAGCAUCAUCUCAUCCCUAACUACACCUGCCAGACACAAGGCAAGACAGUUGCCAUCAUUGCUGGAACGAUGUCAGCAUUUUCGGCUGAAAUUGGAACGAUGUUGGAGCUGUACAAAACCCCUCAGAUCACAUAUGGUCCCUUUGAUCCCAUGCUAAGUGAGACAGCCAAGUUUCCAUCGCUCUAUCAGAUGGCCACCAGUGACAGCUCUCUGGCCUGCGGAAUGCUCUCAUUGCUGCUCCAUUUUGGCUGGAUUUGGGUGGCGAUCUUUGUAUCUAAUGAUCUGAAAGGAGAGCAGUUCCUUCAGGAUAUUUCAGCCAAGAUGGUGUGGAUCAUGGCUGCAAAAUGGGAGAUUGUUGUGCAUGAGACACAACAUAUGCUGCACUCUUUCCAUGGAGGCUUCUCAUUUUCACACCACAAGGGGGAAAUCCCUGGCCUCAAGCAUUUUGUCAAGACAGUGGACCCUUCCCACUACCCAGAAGAUUUCUUCCUCAGUCAACUAUGGCUUCAUGCUCUUCACUGCUUACCUUGGGGCUCACACUGUGGAACAAUUGGAGUCUGCCCCCCAAAUGCUUCCUUUGAGUUUUUCCCAGGACACAUUGACAUGCUGACCAUAUCUGACUCCAGCUAUUUCAUCUACAAUGCUGUGUAUGCAGUGGCCCAUGCCCUCCAUAAGAUGCUUUCAGAGCAAAUAGAAAAGGGACCUCCAGGUGAUGCAGCUCAACCUAGGAUUCUUCCAUGGCAGAAGAAUAAUCCCAUGUUAGGGCACAUCAAGGCUUUCCUGAAGGGCUCAAGAAGGCAACUGUGGAAGAACUACCAAUAUGUGCUGGCCUUCCGCUUUGCCAUCCAGGAGAUCAAUAAGGACCCCCAGCUCCUCCCCAACCUGACCCUGGGUUUCCAACUCUACAAUUCUGUUACCAGUGACCACUUCACCCUGAGGAGCACUCUGCACUGGCUGACAGGAAAGCAUCAUCUCAUCCCUAACUACACCUGCCAGACACAAGGCAAGACAGUUGCCAUCAUUGCUGGAACGAUGUCAGCAUUUUCGGCUGAAAUUGGAACGAUGUUGGAGCUGUACAAAACCCCUCAGAUCACAUAUGGUCCCUUUGAUCCCAUGCUAAGUGAGAGAGCCAAGUUUCCAUCGCUCUAUCAGAUGGCCACCAGUGACAGCUCUCUGGCCUGCGGAAUGCUCUCAUUGCUGCUACAUUUUGGCUGGACUUGGGUGGCGAUCUUUGUAUCUAGUGAUCUGAAAGGAGAGCAGUUCCUUCAGGAUAUUUUAGCCAAGAUGGUAAAGAAAGGUGUCUGCUUGGCCUACGCAACAAAGCUCCCUGACACUAAGAAAAUGUAUGAAAAAAUUGAAAUCUCUUUCCUAGAGGGGAUCCAAAUUUCAUCAGCAAAUGUGCAUAUUCUAUAUGGUGAUGUGAGGAGUCUCUAUACCAUGGAAUUUCUAAGCAAAUACUUUUUAACCCUGGGGAAGGUGUGGAUCAUGGCUGCCAAGUGGGAGAUUGUUGUGCAUGAGACAGACCACAUGCUGCACUCUUUCCAUGGAGGCUUCUCAUUUUCACACCACAAGGGGGAAAUCCCUGGCCUCAAGCAUUUUGUCAAGACAGUGGACCCUUCCCACUACCCAGAAGAUUUCUUCCUCAGUCAACUAUGGCUUCAUGCUCUUCACUGCUUACCUCGGGGCUCACACUGUGGAACAGUUGGAGUCUGCCCCCCAAAUGCUUCCUUUGAGUUUUUCCCAGGACACAUUGACAUGCUGACCAUAUCUGACUCCAGCUAUUUCAUCUACAAUGCUGUGUAUGCAGUGGCCCAUGCCCUCCAUAAGAUGCUUUCAGAGCAAAUAGAAAAGGGACCUCCAGGUGAUGCAGCUCAACCUAGGAUUCUUCCAUGGCAGCUUCAUCCACUUCUGAGGAAAAUCCAAUUUACCAACAGUGCUGGGGAGGAUGUUUCCUUCCAGGAAAUGAGACACCGUAUGGCACACUACGAUAUCCACAACAUUGUGAACUUUCCUGCUGGAUUUCGGUUGCUUAUUAAAAUUGGGGAGUUUUCCUCUGAAAAUGCACAUGACCAAGGCUUGAUCCUCAAUGAAGAGAUGAUAGAAUGGCCUGUAGCAUUCAAGGAGACUCCUCAGUCUUUGUGUAGCCAGAGGUGUGGUCCAGGAUUCAGGAAAAUGACACAGGAAGGAAAGCCGCUUUGUUGCUAUACUUGUGUUGUUUGUCCGGAGAGAGACAUUUCCAAUCAUACAGAUGCAGAGCAGUGCACCCCGUGUGCAGAUCACGAGUACCCAAACCUGGAGAGAAACCACUGCCUCCCCAAGCUGGUGACCUUCCUAGCCUUUGAGGAAUCCCUGGGGAUGGCUCUGGCCUGCAUGGCUCUGUGCUUCUCUGUCCUCACAGCUGCGGUCCUCUGGGUCUUUGUGAGGCACCGAGACACUCCCAUCGUCAAGGCCAAUAACAGGACCCUCAGCUACAUCCUGCUCAUCACCCUGCUCCUGUGCUUUCUCUGCUCCUUACUCUUCAUUGGCCGUCCCAACACAGCCACCUGCCACCUCCAGCAAAUAGCAUUUGGCCUUGUGUUCACAGUGGCUGUUUCCACUGUGCUGGCCAAGACCAUCACUGUGAUUCUGGCCUUCAAAGCUCUGAAACCUGGAAGAACAAUGAGGCGAUUGCUGGUAAUAGGAGCUUCUAACUUCAUCAUUCCCAUCUGCUCUUUCAUCCAACUGGCUCUCUGUGGCAUCUGGUUGGGAAGUUCUCCUCCCUUUAUUGACAUAGAUGUACACUCUGAGCCUGGCCACAUCAUCCUGGUGUGCAAUAAGGGCUCGGUCACUGCCUUCUACUGUGCACUGGGCUACCUGGGCUCCUUGGCCCUGGCGAGCUUCACUGUGGCUUUCCUAGCCAGGAAUCUGCCUGACACGUUCAAUGAAGCCAAGUUCUUGACGUUCAGCAUGCUGGUGUUCUGCAGUGUCUGGGUGACCUUCCUGCCUGUCUACCACAGCACCAAGGGGAAGGUCAUGGUGGCUGUGGAGACCUUCUCCAUCUUGGCCUCCAGUGCAGGGCUCCUGGGCUGCAUCUUUGUCCCCAAAUGCUACGUUAUUCUCAUAAAACCUGAUAUAAAUUCUUUAAAAGCUUUAAAGAUUCAGAGCAGUUCUAGGAGAUCCUAA